CCAAGGCCGAGUAGUGCCUGGCGGGGCGUGUUGACGUGUGUGUGUGUGUGUGUGUGUUGGUGAGCAGCGUUCAUUGCAAGGUGUGUUCCUCCAUAUUUACCGCAUAAAAUGAAGACAAAGAUUCUUGUGUUGCCCUGUAAUGUGUUGUUCUAUGGCUGUGUUGUUGUCAGUGCUAAGAGGCUGGGGGAGGGAGAGGCUUAGUGAGGCAGACUAUGGUGAUGCCAAGGUUAUUUACUUUGUUGAAUCUCGUCGACUACGGACACAGCUGAGGUGGACCUCCGCUGCUUCCCACUGGCUCCUCUCCUCUUGCUGAAGGCGUGGUGCGGACGGUGGUGGCGCUGGACAGGGAGACGGCGCGCGGCUACUGGCUGUCCAUCGUGGUGUCCGACGGGGGAGCGGCGCCCCUCACCGACACCUGCCACGUCUUCGUGGAGGUCGAGGACGUGAACGACCACAUGCCCCAGACGGAGGAGCCCGCCUACCACACCUACGUGGCCGAGAACCUGCCGCCGGACACCUCCGUCAUAGCGCUGCGGGCCUCGGACGGCGACCUGGCGCCCUCCAACAUCUCCUUCGCCAUCACCAAAGGGAACCAACUGGCGCGCUUCAAGAUACACCCGCAGACAGGCUCCCUCACAACCCUGGUGCCGCUGGACAGGGAGCAGCAGGCAGAGUACGAGCUGUGGGUGCGGGUGAGCGACGGCCAGCUGUCCUCCGUCACCCUGGUCUUUAUCACCGUGAGCGACGUCAACGACAACCCGCCCGAGUUCCUGGAGCCGCUCUACCGCGUCACCGUCCCCGCCCGCAGCAAGACCAAGAAACGGGAGGCGCUCUUCAGGGUGUUCGCCAGAGAUGCGGACGUGGGCAUGAACGGUGACCUGGACUACAGCAUCAGGACCGGAAAGGGCAAGAAGGGCCGCUUCAAGAUCCACCCGAAGACUGGCCAAGUGUACAGCAACAAGGCCUUUCCCCCGAGCAAGACCUUCGAUUUAAUGAUCCAGGUGAAGGACAACGGGGCGCCGCAGCUGACGGCCACCACGCGGGUCCUCGUGCGUGUGAUGGACGUGCCCGAGGAGUCUCCCAACCCGCCGGUCCUGCAGCCGCCGCCCCCCGCCCACGUGAUGGAGACGGACGCGCCGGGCCACCUGGUGUCCUUCAUCAACGCUCGGGACCCGGAUAACGACACCUUGUGGUACUACAUCACAGAGGGUGACGAGAGCGGCCGGUUCAGCAUGGGCGUGGACUCUGGCCUGGUGAGCCUGGCCCGCCGCCUGGACCACGAGGAGCAGCACCACUACGCCCUCACCGUCACGGCCACAGACGGCGUCCACACCGCCGCCACCAAGCUCGUGGUGGAGGUGAUGGACGCCAAUGAUCACCGCCCGGUGUUCAGCGCCAGGACCUACGAGGGUGCCGUGAGCGAGGACGUGGCGCCGGGGUCCACCGUGGUCACCCUGCAGUGCCGAGACAGGGACCAGUCACCCACGGCGUCCUCCGCGGUGUACUUCACGCUGCACCACGCCCAGGCCUUGGCGUCCCAGGGCCUCUUCACCGUGGACUCGUUCACUGGUGACCUCAUCGUGGCCGAGCCCCUGGACAGGGAGGUGUCCAGCGUCCACGAGCUGACCGUGAGCUGCAGGGAUCGCGGCCGACAGGAGAACGCAGACUUUGCCCGCGUGUCCGUGACGGUGGAGGACGACAACGACCACGAGCCCGUCUUCCUGGAGCCCAUGAUCAUCGCCAAGGUGAGUACACUGUGCCUGCGGCGGCUCGUGCACCGCCGCCUCAACCGACACCAGUUACCUGACCUGUGAAAUAUCGCCGGAGUUGAAGAAUACUUUUCGUAAGUAUUAUAGGAAGUUAAUUAAAGCAACUACAUCACUAUUAUACACAGAAAACGUAUAAAUAGGCGAUUCAUAUCUAAU